CUGACAACUGGGGAUGGACGACGACCUAUUGUUCAAACCGAGCAGGCUGUGACAUGAUUUUCAUAUAAAAUGUGAUUUGAUUAGGGAAUUAAAUUCAUUUCGGUUGAGAAAAACAAGAGAAGGAAAAAUGUUCAGCAAACAAGUAGUGAUUUUCGUGACAGUGGCCGCCGUAGUGUUACACUGUGCUUAUGCCCAAAGCAACAACUGGCGCCGUCCCAACGAGACCAACUUCCCGACGGAAGCGGCCAGCGACCGGACGCAGCGUCUUGGUCUGACCACCGGCUACGGAGCCGGCGGCGGCCUCAACGGGUACGGUUACUCCAGCUCGGGCCUCGGUGGCUACGCUCCGCUCAAGAUCGACCUCGGAGGAGUCGUGCUGGGAACGCUGGUCGGAAUCGGUGCCCUGCUCAUUCUGCCUAAGCUUGUUGGCGCCUUUGGCGGCGGUUACGGUGGCCACUACCGUAGCGCCGACGGCGGAAGUGACCUCACCGGAGUUACGGAAAUGCUGAACAAGGUGGACGACCUGCUGGCCCAGAACAACAUCGAUUCCGGAUCGUGCAUGCAGAAGGCCAUUUGCAGCUACAUCCGCUCGUCGGAUUACCACAUGCAGGUUGGAACCGCCGACCAGAUCGAGCACAUGAUCCUUGCGCUAUCGGAAAAUUCCCUGGUCGACUACAUGCUCGACGGAACGGCCAUCAAGGAGGCGAUCAAGCACGGAAAAUCGCAAACGACACGAUCGUGCGAUGACAUGUACAAGACGUGCCCGCUGGACCGGCAAUCGGCCCUGCAGGUGUUCAAGAAGAUGUUCCCGAUCGGUGGAAACUAAGCGCAAAGAACCUACUCACCAAAUUUAGCACACCUCUGCUCUGGACGCAUUCAUCGCAGCAAGUUAAGUGGCCUCCACUCAGCGUGUAACGAUGUGUCAAAAAUUUAUAGCACUCGCCAUAAUGGCGACCGACGCGCACCGAUGGCCUACUGCACCAACUCGUUAAAGUUUAGCUCGGUCAAACUAACGUAAAUCUUCCUCUGAAGAAUGCGCCCAGAGCAGCCGGCGUCGUCAAUCCACACCCACUCUCACGUGUUGCUCGCAUUUUCACGCUGCCCUAAUACUAUCGUGUUUACCUUCGGCAUAAACAACAACAACCGAAAAACAAGGUUAUGUGCGCGAAUGACUCACCUGAUUUUUCCUCCUCUGGAAGAAAAGACCAGGCCACCUUGGAUAAGCCACUCUAUUUUUGUUUUUUUUUUCGAGCCAAACAACAAAAACAAAGUAGUCGCUGACAUGAGUCAGAGAUUUGCUCACCGAAAGUGAUAAUCGGCACUUAAAAAUAAAUUUUGAUCCAUGUCAGCGACCCUAUUGAAGCCGCUCUGGCGUAUGAAUUUUCCAAAAAGCAGAAAAGGGUCUAUUUUUAGCCAGAACAUUCCACCGAGAGCGCGCGCGCGCUUGCGGCCUAGAAAGCGAAAACGACCUAGCCUACUGCGAUCUUUUUUUCCAAAAAGAUUUGGUUUCGCCGAUGCGAAAAGAAGAAAAAAGAGUGUUUCGAAGGAAUUUGAGGUCGUUCAAAUAAUUAUCUACUGCUUGUUUUACUUUAUUACUGCUUGAAAAAUCAUAAAUUACAUAAAAAAUACAAAAAAAAAGAUAGUGAAGGGGACUUUUAUGGCUACUUGGAUAAGGGAUGAAUACUAUUAGGUGAAUGUACGGAAGCUUGUUUAUGCAAGUCGGGGAUGUAAAUAUUUUAUACAUAACAAGAACCAGCAAAUAAACGAUGAAUGA